CCCUACCCUUCCAUCGAUCCUCAUUCGUGGUCAACAUGGAGAAGUUUUCGCGCUUCAGGGAUAGCGGUACGGGUAUUCAGGUCUUUCUGACACCCGUCGCCCCCUCGUCUGCGGCCUCUGCCUCCCCCUUGGCCAUCCUCGCACGCCUGCCAGCCUACCUAGUCGCUGCCGUGCGGCUCAUUCUCCUCAGCAUCGUCGCACUCCUCUGGUCCCUCCUAUCCUUCAUCCCCGCAACCUCGCCGAUCCUGUACUCCAUCUUCGGUCAAGCAUCCCUACUUCUCAUCGGCUUCGCCCCCAUCGCCACGGACAAGGUCUCGCUGAAAAGCAGAGGCCGCGCAGCAGCCACUUCUGCCUCGCUGCAGCACAAGCCAUGGCAGCCAAAGGCAGGGGACGUCAUUCUAUGCAAUUCUUCGUCUUGGAUCGACAUUCUCAUCUUUGCCAUCAAGUUCAAUCCUCAAUUCACCUUGCCCGUCGUCUCUGAGCCACCCAGCACCGCUAGCACUACGGCAACUGGGACGCCCAACUCAAAGACGGCGAGAAGGAGGAAUGCGGGAGCGUCCGUCGUCUCCGAAGUCAACGCUGCCGCCUCAGCCGCCGCAGGCGCAUCAGCGGGAGGAGUCAACGACCAACGAAAAGUCCUGGGCUUUGUACCCGUUCCCUUCCUGACGGCACUCAAUCACGCAGCAUCAGGCCAGGCCCCUCUCUACCCAUCCAACCCUCUGGCCUCACAACCCCUCGACAUUCCUUCCCUCUCCUCCCGCUCACAGCGACCAAUCCUCAUCUUUCCAGAACUCGUCACUUCCAACAAUCGUGGACUUCUCUCUGCCCUUUCCCCAGCGAUCUUUCCCCAAUCAUGGAGAGACCUCUAUCGCGCCACUGGAGCGUUGCGCAUGGGUAAGGGACAGGCCAACCUGUACAUCGCGAGCGUCAAGUACGAUCCGCCCACCCCUUUCGCGAGGACCAGCGCUACCAGCAGCGCUCCGCAGCCGGCAGGUGGGCCGUUGAGGCAUGUGGUGAGCCUCUGUGCGGAUUUGACCUUUGCGAGGGGUGUGCAGCUUCGCCUGCUGGAUGUGGAUGAGAGCCCGACAAGCCCCGGGUAUCAGGCAGACAUCAGUGCCUUGGGCAAUGCGCCGAGGGGACCUGAGAUUGAUGUGCUGGCUGAUGGGGUCAUGGGGCUGAUUUCGAGCAUGAGUAGAUUGAGGAAGACGGGACUAGGGUGGAGGGACAAGGAGGCCUUCCUGGCCGUUGUCAAGAAGGGGCCAUAGGUGUACGCGGUGCGACGCGAUUGUUGCAGCUCAGUCCAAUUGAUCA